GGUGAAAUGUGCGAGCGUUUGUUCACUUUCCCUCCGCUGAGUGUGCAUUUGUGCUGUGCUGUUUAGUAGAGAGGUGGCCCGAGUUCUGUGUGUUUAUUGCAGAGAGAGUGCAGUCCGAAAGGAAGGCAGGAAGCGAGGAUUCCGAGGAGGAACAAGGGCCCCCGAUAUCGACGGUGGCCAUCGUCCAGCAAACGUGCGGAUCGAGUCUCCAGGACACGCAGAGCAAGGGAGAUUCCCAGAAAAUGGAUUCGUAGUGGGCCAAGUCGGGAAAAGCUGUUGCUAGCGCUACGCCAGUCAACUUGGUGUUCCAGUCCGCUAAUUGCUGUUUGAUUCGCGCGACAAACUUAGCCGUCCCCGUCUGUGUUCUCUCUAUUUGUUUUUAAAUACUGGUCUCUGCCGGUUCAACCCUUCGUGCACACACACACACAUCGCAGUCAACGGAAAAAUAGAAGGAGGAGGUGGAACGAGUUCUCUCGGCUUUUUUUGUACCCUCCAUAAAGAGGGCAUUGACCAAAACAAUAGAAACGUUUUAGAGAGCAGAGCCGGUUUAUUUUCUUUUCAUCUCGUUCAAUCUUCAUUUAAUAAGAGAAUCAAAGAAGGCAGGAUGGUUUCGACUAGACAGAUGUCCAUUAUAAACGGCAGCAGCGUCGCGGAGUGCUCCACGUCAUGGGGGACGACGUCGGCGGGCCCGGAUGAGGUGGCCACCAGAUCUCGCAACAAUUCAAUGCACACCGAAGGAGGUGGCAGCUCGGGUAGUAGGAAGUCGUCCACGUCGGAGAAGCCCGCCAAGCAACUGCUGGAACUUCCCGUCGAGGUGCUCGAGAAGAUUUUAGGCUUCUUCACCUUCGAAUCACUCUCCCAAUUCAGACGAGUCUCCACUAAAUUCGACGCCGUUUGCGGACAAAUGCUGAACACGUCGUUCCAAAAGCUGCAGACGCAAAUGCUCCAACGAUUCCAGGUGAUCAAGAGCAAAAUGCCGAGGCGCGAAUCGGCAAGGAGGAACCACCACCUAGCCUGCGAGAGCGACAUCAUCGAAACCAUCCACAUGCGUCUGACUCUGCUGCAGAUGUCUUUCGGCAAGCACAUAGAGCGCAAGCACUGCUGUUUCUUUCCCGGCGAGAUACUCGAUGAGGUCUACAACGUGCUUCGGCACAUACGGACCACACAAAAGUUGCAGCGGCCCUACAAGGUCACAGACGAGCUCUUCGACCUAUCCACGAUGGCCAUGGAGUACUUCAAAGAGAAGAUCGAACCCAGCUUGCCGGAAAUCGCAUAUUUCAACGCGGACUUCUUAGAUUUUACUGGCACUUUCUCGUCAUCCGGUACCCAGAAAUAUCUGGCUAUUGACUCUUCGCCACUGGGGCCAGAGGAAACCAAAGAAAUAGAUAGGCCCAGUUCGGACAACGAAGAGCCUCAACCUCAGUCGAAUAUGGUGCUGCGUAAAGGCAUACGGAAAAUAAAGCAAGGUAUGAAACGGUAUAAUAGUCAGCUAUCGUUGCUGAGGCAGGACCUGAGGUCGUGCAAAAAGAAAACGUCAGAUCAGCAAAAGCAGAUCUCGGAGCAACAGAAGCAGAUGGCCGAGCAGCAGAAACAGACGGUGGAGUAUGCGACAAGGUUGGAUGAGUACGACAAGAAGAACGAGGAGAUAUCGCGCAAAUUCAGCACGCUUCUCCAGGAGUUAAACAAGUGCAAAACUGAGCUGCAAUACUGGAGAUCCAAAUCACCAGCGACGUCGCCUUUCUGCACGGGUUGCGGGUCGCAGAUGUUGGCUCCUACCGAAGACAUCGAGGCCCUGGUGAACCAGGGCGUAAUACCUGAAGACAUAGAGCAGGCGGCCGAGUUCAUUCCGAUCGCCAGCACUAGCAAAUUAGUCGAAAUUGUGGACCUGAAGGAAGAGCCGGUGGCUAUAGUGCCAAUUGUAAAUAAUCUUAGUUCUAGUAGUAGUAGUGGCCCGAAACAUAAAUUGGAGGAUAGUACGCCUACCUCCUCAAACGGGAUAAAAUCACGACGCAUCACUAAAAGUCGCAAUAAAAGAGUCAGAAUUUAAAUAAAGCCAAGAAGAAACAGUUAAGAACGAAAGUGAUGUAGAAAUAACUCCCGACGAGAGUUAAGUUUAUACGUAUAUUACUAUUAUUAUUAUUAUUUGGUUAAAAUAGCUGAAGAAAGUGACCAGUUUUUUGUGUUUAUUUUUCUUCUAAAGGUUUUGCCAAUAAUUUAACAAAACAAUUUAUAAUUGAUAGGUGAAAUAGGAAUAAAUCCAAGCAAUUUGUUUAGCAAUUACAUUGAACUUUUGUUGAGUGAAAGACAGUGCAGGAGAAGAGCAUAGCCAACAUUUGAUUUAGGAUGUUUAAAAACAAAUUAUAAUAUAAUAUUACGAUUAUUUUAGUUAUAUUUUUUGUGU